AUGGAGAAGACUGUCCCCGAGAUACUUAUUGAUGCAAAAGAGAUUGUGGCUAGGCUCGCUACCAAAGAUUCAAGUGAGCCUAUCAGCCAAGAGAGAAUGAGCAUACCACAAGUACCACAGGAGAUACCACCUUCAUCUAAAGAGAUCAUACCUGACAAAGCUCAACCAUCAAAAGAAAGUGAUUCAUUAAUGAAUGCCAGUAGUGGUUACUCGAGCAAGGACGAUGCCAUAAGCAUCAGUAAUGUGAGCACAAAGUCUGUGUCUGAUGAAGAGAAAAUCUUGUCGGAAAUCCAAGAGGAGAAAGAAACACUAGAAGAAUUAAAAAUGACUGUGGACAAAUACUUCCCACUCUCACCAAAUGAGGCUACUAUCCAAGAAGCUUCAGAGGAAGACGGAGGUUAUUUUGGAGACAUGUCUUCAAAAGGCACAGCCUACUUCACAUCACUAGGUUCUCUGCCAAGCCACCUCCAGUGCCAGGCAUAUAAGAAUGCAUUGGAAAAUAUCAGAGGUGCCAAGAACAACAUCAGAAAACUCUUGUACCUUCUCUAUGAAGCAAUUGAAUGGGCUUAUCAAAGAAAGCAAGAUUCUGAGGAUGGGCAGAAUUGCCAUAAGGCCCUAUUUGAGCUGUGGAUCAAGUGGAGUAGGAGCCUGUUCGAAAAUGAAGACAGCAAACAGCUCUUGGAAAUCCAGGCUCUGGCCAUGUCCCAUGGCAUGGCUCUGAAAUUACAGUUGGCCUUCAUGGACCUCAUGCCUCAAGUCCUGGGUCUCUCAAGCAGUGUACAAAUACAAGACAAGCUCCGACUGGCUUUUCAUACCAUGCGGGACAUUUACACCACCCUUUCACUAAAUAAUAGGUUUGAAGAUCUAGACAACUAUCGUCUGACUCUGAGCCAAUUCCAGCUCACUCAAGCCCAGGGAAUUAUAGAAGAAUUGUUUUGUUUCUUAGAAGGUAGUAUUCCUUCUGGUUGA